GGCUCAAGAAAAUCUCGGCUCAAGGCGCUUGACAUUUGAUCCCCUCUGCCUGGGUAACCUCCAGUGGGAUCGAGUGCGCGUCAGGGAGUCACACGUUUGUCGCCUAGAGUGAUAUUGCACUGCCAUUCAUUUGACACGUUUGAUCGCCUUGAGUGGUCUUCCGUUGAUUUGUUUCACACGUUUGUCGCCUAGAGUGAUAUUGCGCUGCCAUUCAUUUGACACGUUUGAUCGCCUUGAGUUGUCUUCAAUUGAUUUGUUUUGCUGGGUGCUCCCGAGGCAGUCUUUGCAAUCUUUCGUUAUGCCACACGUACGGAGUGCAAGUGCUCGCAUUAUGCGUCGGGCGAUGGCUGUUCAAAACGGAUACUGUGUGCAUUUACCUAUUCGUUUGCCUCUGGAUGGUUUGGUGCCACCCACGUGUCUCCCACCACCAGGGCUGGAGCGGGCGACUGCCGAUUUGGUUCUAGAUUAUCUCUCGUUGCGCGAUCCACCUGUUGUUAAACGCAGUUUGGAGGAGGAGGAGGAGGAGGAUGGCAUUCAGACUGUUUCGGAGAAUCUUUCUUGCCGUAUGCAGGCUUCUGAAUCGCUGGUUGAUGUAGAUAUUGGAGUGCAGGCCUCUGAAUCGCUGGUUGAUGUUGGAGUGCAGACGGUUGAUGUUGCGGACUUUCAUUGUGAAGUCGGCUGUCAGACAGAUAGUGUCGUCGGGAUGGAGGGAGGAGCUUCUGGAGUUCUUCUUGGGAAUGGGACUGUGGCGGCGGAGGAGGAGCUGGAGGCACCCUCGAGUGCGGAGUCUUCUGCGAACGUGCAGUCUGAUUCUGAUAGCUGCGCCUUGUCAGGAGCGUCCCAGGGGUGUCUGAAUCGUCCCGUCACGCUCAAUGAGGCUUCGAAGGAGUCGCGCCAGAGCACUCGAGGGAGAGAUCGUGACAAGGUCAAGGGGACAUCGACGUGCUCUCAGGCCACCAUUGCCGAUGUCAAAGCGUGGAUUGACGCUGUCGCCAGCAUCAACGAGUUGAAUGCGAUCCAGUAUUUAAAGAACGGAAUGGAUUUGUUUGAUAAGCUGGUGACAGAACGUGGGUUCCCUACAAAGAAGGCCCAAAAAGAUUAUGCUCGUAAACUGUAUGAGAUGCUCCAGAAUGUGCAAGCGACGCUGGAGGAUCUUCUAGGAUUCUUCGAGGUGCACAGGUUCUUGACAGGACAAAUGAACCGCGCCGAGAUGGCCAAGUUUCUUGAGGUUUCCAAGUGUAGCGAUUACAGAAUAUUAUUCUUCGGACGCCCGAGGAGUUUCGACAAGUUGGGAUGAAGCUAUUCGUGCGCACUUGUAUGCAACUUUCGGUUCAGAACAGCGAAGGCUGUAAUGCUUGUUUCGUUUGUGCUCUAAGAAUUCAGUGUGUGCAUGUUCAGUUCUUGGCCAGGUCUCCUGGCUCUCACGUCGUAACAUUAUCCUUGCCUUAUCAAAGCCAGCUUUGAUGGGGGCGUUGUAGCCGCGGAAGUGCCUGUGGUGUGUGUGGAUACAGAUUGGUCUGCGAAGCGUAUAUAUCUUCUCGCGGACCGACAUCAUUUUCAAGGAUGUGUAUCUUGAGGCUUGGUGUCUGCCACCAAGCGCCACUGUUACAGAUACGGAACUAUCAGCGGCGGAGCGCGUAUGCGUUGUGCUCCCACAGGUAGUGCAGACCUUCUUUGAUCAUUCGCAGGGAUAAGUCACACAUUGUUUCUUCUUUAUCUGUGUUCUUGUUUAUUCCAACAGCCUCGCUGUUCACUGACUCAUUCGUUUUAUCUUUGUGUGCUUUGCGUUUGAUUGUGUCAUUGCGGCAUGCGUUUCUCUUUAUUCCUUCAGCUUCGCUGUGUGGUAUAAGAGCUGACUGCUUGCGUGAUAAAUAAGAGGCUCUGUUUCGCCUGAUGCUUUGUUGGACCUGGCCUUAGUGGCCAAGACGGUCCCAGCAAAGACGCAAAAAAACCUGGUUGACGGUUUACCGCCGGCUUCAAUUGCUUGAACCGGCAGCGGGUGCGGGAGCGCUUCCGGCGCGCGUUCACGCGUGCAGGUUCCCGGAGAGCUCUCUGAGAGCUAUGCGGUUUUAGAUUAGAAGCCGGACGGUGGUGGUGCCUGCCAGCAGCCCAUUCUGCCGCUCCAGAAUCGCCGCAUCAACUCGUUUGUCCCGGCAGCCCGUCCGGGAGCGGUUCUGGCACGCGUCCACGCGUGCCUGCAAGCGUGCAGGCACGCGUGGAAGCGUGCCUGGCAGCGCUUGAGAAGCGCUUUUGGGGAGCUUCCCAGAGCUCGUCAGGAAAGCUUCUCAGAGUUGCCUCUAUGCUCUCCGGGUUUGCUUCCAAGUGGAAGCGUGCCUGGCAGCGCUUCAGAAGCGCUUCAGGAGAGCUCGCCGGGUCUCGUCAGGAAUGCUUUUCAGUGUGAGCACCACUUUGCUCUCUGGGCUUGGGACGCUACCAAGUUCCCGGAGAGCUCCUUGAGAGUUAUAGGGUUUUAGAUUAGAAGCCGGACGGUGCUGUGGUGCCUGCCAGCAGCCCAUCUUUGCUGGUCCAGAGCCCCCGCAGGGACUUGUUUGUCCCGGCAGCGGGUCGGGGGGCGCUUCCGGCACGCGUGCACGCGUGCCUGCACGCGUGCAGGCACGCGUGGACGCGUGCCGGAAGCGCU